AUGGAAAACUAUAUGUUUAAGUUUAAGUUGGAGCAACCAGAGUCUACCAAAGAAAAUGAUAACAAGAAGUGUGUAUUCAAUGAUGAGGAAAUUGAAAUAAUAAAUGAUAACCCAAGAGAUCACGUUUCGGUUGAUUAUGGCUUAAAUAUUUUGUUCGAAGUGAUUGAAAAUGAAAAUAAUUAUAUUAGUAGUAUUAGUAGUAGUAGUAGUGGUAGUAGUAGUAAACUCUUGACUGUAAUACUACAGAAAGAGAUGAUGAAUAUUUGGAUAAGGUAUUCGAAUUGGAGUUGUGCUUUGAUGGUGAUAUAUGUAGUCGAAAUAUCAAUCGCCAAAUGGAAAUCAACAAACAUCAGAUUGGAAAUCAACAACAUUAAGAAUAUACUAGAUGAUAUUAUGAACCAAAAAUGUGAUGAUAUUAAGAACAUAACAUUCAACGAUAAUUUAAUCGCUUUUUUGGAAAUACAUUCACAAAACAAACUAACACAUCCAGUCAUAUUUCAGAAAGUAGUUGAAGAAGACUAUAGGAGAUUUAAAAGAGAAGAAGAGAGAAUUAAACAAAUGAAAAGGAAGAUACAGCAAGAUAGGAAACAAGAUAAGCAACAAGACAAGAAACAAGAUAAACAGCAAGAUAAGAAACAAGAUAAGAAGAUACAACAUAAGAAGCAAAACAAGAAACAAGAUAAACAACAAAACAAGAAACAAGAUAAGAAACAAGACAAGAAACAAGAUAAGAAGAUACAAUAUAAGAAGCAAAACAAGAAACAAAAAAAUAAAACAAAAUAUUUAUUCUUUUAUUGUGAACUCUGUUCAUCUUUUAAUCUAUCCAUAUUUGCUGAACUUGUUGUUCCUGAUAUGCUUUAA